AUGGAUUCUGGUAAUAGUGGAAGCAUCUCUUCUAGUGGUGAUGAAGAAUAUGAUUCACGUGCUAAUCAUCAGACCCCACUCCCUUCGUCAGUCCUCAAUCAACCUACCCAUUUUGGUUCCUUAUCCCACCCAAUUUCAUCCUUUGUUUCUUCUCAUCACCACUCUAUGUUUGAUCUAUCUUCAAGCCAUCUCUACACUCUCUCUCAAUCACAAGCAAAUUCAAUAAAUCCUCAUUCUAUGCUAAAUUUGGAAAGUGCUAUCUCUCAAAGCCAAAGAUCUGAACCCAAUUGCACCGACCCUGCAAUAAACCAAUGCUUGUUGGGUCCUCAAGCCUUUAGCCACGAUGACAAUGCAAGACAACUCUCAUCAGAACCAACCAAUAAUGUACAACGCAAUACAAAGAAACGAGCCAGAGCUUCAAGGAGAGCACCAACCACCGUUCUCACCACCGACACUACCAAUUUCAGAUCCAUGGUUCAAGAGUUCACUGGAAUCCCUUCACCACCCUUCUCAGCCUCAUCACCCUCCUCUCGCCGCCUCGAUCUUCUCGCUGGAGUGCCCUUUUACCCUUUGCGUCGUUCCGCACAAAAGGUUCAGCCAGACCCUUUCCUUUCAUCUUCAUCCUCACCUUCGUCUUCAAGGUUGUUGCAUAACAAUAUGGUUGAUGCUAUAGCUUCCAAUACCAACAAUUUCUCACCUAAUAAUAACCCCAUUAGCUUCCAAAUAUCUCCUGAUUUGUGUUUACCCUAUCACCAGCCACAAAACUUCAUGUUAAACAUGCAAAAUCACCCUAUUCUUAAUGCAUUUCACCCAUCUCCUCCUCUUCAUACUCUUGUUAACACUAUCCCUGCUGGGUUUGAUGCAAAGUCCCAAGCUAGUUUGUCCACACCGUCGCUUGAGGAUCUAGCUAUGAGCCAUGGCCAAGUGAAUGGUUGCAGCGUUGGAAGCACAGUUGGAAGGUCCUCGAGCAGUUUGAACCAUGAGAAGACCUUAGAGAAUGACUCAUCCGCUAGAGGGGAUGGUACUGUGGAUUCGUGGAUUUGUUCUUCUGAUUAG